CAUCAAAAGAUUGCGGAUGAUCUCGUGGGGUUUUGUUUUGCGUUGUUUUGGUCUGCUCAUCAUCGCUUUCGUUUCUUUUGUCCAGGCAUCGCUGUAAACGACGAGCGAAACCACCGCGAAGCACUCCGCUGACGAUCAAUCUAAGCAUUCAAAUGGCCGCUGGCAUGACAGCAGCUUGUCUGCCCACCCUCAAACCGCUCCUCACCACUGUCUCCGACUUCUUCACCAACCUCUCCCCUAGCCGCUGCUCAUCGAAACCCUCAGACCACCACCACGACCAAGAUGCAAACUCGCCGCCGCCAUCACCCUACCCUCAGUCAUACGGCACACCUACCUUCCUCUCCUUGCCGCGCCCGAAGCCCGCGCGCUUCCACGACCACACCUCUGACCUCGACUUCGACCUCUUUGAAGCACCCUCCAUAACGCGCUCGCGCGCGCACAGCCGUACCCCGUCCAAUCUUACCGUGUUCACCACAUUCACGAACUUUACAUCCACGUUUACGGUGCCGCCUUUUGACCGGGAGAUGCAGGCUGCGCGGCCGCGGACAUGCAGUAAGGCAAUGAGCGAGGUGGAGAGGCCUGCGGAGCUUGUUGUUGGCGGGGCGAAGAGCGGGUAUGCGGUUAGUGUUACGAGCGGGUGUGGGAGCGGGGAGACAUGCGAGGGGAGCGAGGAGGAGAAAACCAUAAGACGGAUUGGGAGUGACGAGAGCUGUGGAGGUGUUGUUGGGGGGAUUAUGCGGACGACGGAGGUGAGGGUGAGCUGAGUGAGAAGAUGUUCUCGAACUAGACAAUGUACAGAAAGGCGAGGGGAAAGGAAGGGAAAUUGUGUGGCAGUUUCGAAGUGGGAACGCUACUGUUGAUUUUGUUACUGGUUUUCGUUUCAUGUAUAUGGUAAUCAAAUCCAUUCACG